GAGUUAGAAUGGGAUAAAGUGUGUAAAGUGAAACAUCACCAAGACACCUCGUUGCGGUGUGAGAUAUUUAGUGUAAUGAUUGUUGGUUUGACAUUAAAAUACGAUUGAAAACGUUCAUUUUCUGUGUGAUGAUCUUGUAGUACAAUGGUUAGUAUUCUCGACUGUCACUCAAGAGAUCAGGGUUCGAUUCCCCGUUGGGUGGAAUUUUUCCUUUCCAUGUGGUAUCAAAAGUAGCAUGUCCAUGCGCGUUUGCUCAUUUGAACUCAUGGAACGAUGCGAGUCUUUUCGAUUUCACACCCCUUCCAGUGUAUUGGUGGUGGGUCCUUCAGGGUGUGGCAAGACUGUGUUUACCACCAAACUUUUACUGAACAACCUCGAUUUGUUUCAUACCCCACCCUCCCAAAUACAUUACUGCUGUGGAGUGUGGCAAGACUGGUUUCAGCCCAUGAAAGAACAGGGGGUCAAGUUUCACAAAGGCGUUCCCGACACAGAUCAAUUGAAAACGUGGUUUCCUAAAGGCGGAUUACUGGUGUUAGACGAUCUAAUGGCUGAAGAAGGGAACGAUAAACAAGUGUUGGAUCUGUUCACCAAACAUUCUCACCAUCAGAAUGUCACCGUGCUCUACUUGUGCCAAGACAUGUUUCCGCUGGGGAAAUAUGCCAAGAGUAUUUCCAGAAACGCCCACUACAUCGUAGCCUUCAAGAAUCCACGAGAUCAAUCAGGCACGAGAAAUUUACUGUUACAGGCAUUUCCCACCCAAUGGCAAGUUUUACAAGACACGUUUCAACGUUUGACAGAACGUCCGUUCGGAUACAUGGUCUUGGAUUUACAUCCAGGCAGUUCGGACAAUCAAAGGAUUCUCAGCCACCUUUUAAAGGACGAAGGAUGUAUGAGAUGUCACAAAUUCAUCGAGACAUCGUGAUGAGUUCUUCCCAAGAUUCAAUCACUACCGUAUCUCUAAUGAACGGAUCCAACAAAAGCGUCCAGUUGGUAAACAAAGAUUUGUUGUAGCGAUUGGAUGGGUUGUUUGCCUUUUACCACCGUCAAUGGUGGUGUCAUCUCCAGAUGUUUUACCACUUUAAGUGGUGCCACGGUUGUCUGAAUGCUUUGGCAUUGAUCAUUGUGGCAGCAGGCAUUGUCAUAGGAUCCGUCUUAGAAAACAGCCUCCUGAUUGCCUGUUUAACUGCCGCUGGAACUGUGAUUAACGAGUGGAACGAUUUCAAAACGUUUUUGUUCAAAAUCGACAUGUGUUGCUUUGCCUACACCACUUACGACAAAAUAUUGAUCGAAUUGAGAACCUACGUGCGAGGACUUCCAAUGGAGGAGUUUGAGGGAUUUUUAAUCAAGAUGCAAACCUUGGAUGACACAAUCACUGAUUUCACACCCCCAGUAUCUGACAAUUGCGUGCAAGAAUACGAACAACGAUUUCGCUACGACCACGUUGAUAAAAGCGGGAGCACUUACGUGUGAGUGGUAGUAUGUGUCAUGAAGAGCAAACGAACAGUUCGUAAACAACUAAGGAGACGUAGGAGGACACAAAAAGAGGGAUUGUUACCAUUGGCAGCACUCAUUCCAGCUUUAGUAGCAGCUGGUAAGGCGGCGGCUCUAGGAGGAAUCUCUGGUGCAGCUGGUUAUGGUGUGAAAAAGGGUUUGGAAGCUGCUUCGCGUAAACGUCGACGAUGAAAAAUAAACCAAAGACCAAGAAAA